AAACAGCACUGUCGGGUUUGUCACUUUAACCAAGUCAAGAAGUUAAAGUUAGAACAGCCGAAAUACUAAAACUGCAGACUGGGCUUAAACGGACCAGAUGUGUAGUGACGUGACUGUGCAGUGCAGGACACUGUACUCUCCAGCGCUGCCUGCUAGGACGCUGAGGUGUGGUCUGGGGAAAGAAACCCUCCUCCCUCUGGUCCUGGUCCAGCUCCAGGACCCCGCCCGCCUCAGGACGGGAACACGACACGUGAGCACAGCAGAGGAGAGUCCAGGUCCCGGAUCAGUUCUGGGAGAAGACGAAAAGCUUUUAGAUGAGCCGGUGCUACAGGAGGGGGCGAGCGGCAUAGACAAACACUGAGAGAGAGGGGGGAGCAGCUGGCGGCGACAGGACGAGCUUCAGUAGUGAAGAGGGAGAGAGGAGGCUGCAGGACGGAGCAUGAAGGAGCUGCAGAGUUUCUGUUCCUGAAGACGACAGAAAGGUAGCGAUGGGGAACACCGACAGCCACAGCAGCUUUGUGUCUCCUGCCAAACCCUCCCGCUCAAUCAGGUUCUCCUCCAGGAGGGAGGAGGUGCCGUCAGCUCGCAGCUGGUGGAGGAGCAGCCAGGGGGGCUCCAAGAACUACCUGAACCAGCACGCCACCAGCCCGCCGUACACCUCCUGGCAUUAUGAACCUAAAGCAGCCAGAGGAGCCGGGUCUCCUCAGACGUACAGCAGGAGCCAGUUUGGGGGAAGUAACGGCACUUGUGGUGAGCGGAUGACCCCGGAGAGCGGCGGCAGCCCUAAAGUGCUGCUCAGCAAAGACGGCAGCAUGAGGGUGGGGUUCACCAACAGCAGGGUCGCCCACUUGGAGCCACAGAGGUUAACCGGCCCCCCCACCGCCACCAACACCACUGCCUCUGUUGCCAACUCCUCCCUCCGCACCAGCAAGGGCAGCUCGCUCAGCUCCGACGGCUCCUGGUACGACUCUCCUUGGGGCACAGGUGCUGAGCCGGCAAACAGCGUGUUCCCCUUUGGGCAGAGCAUGGAUAACAGCAGCGGGUACACUACCUACUCCUCCACCCGCACAGAGGAGGCUGCCACCACCAGCAGCAGAUGCAACACCACCUUCUCAGCUCAGGUGGCGGACAUGUCACCUGGAUUUAACACCGCCCUCCUCUUCCCCGCCACAGAGGCCAAUGAGUUCACCUCCACCUCCUCUGGUCAAACAGAAGACAGUGGCAUCGGGGACUCUGUGAUCCUGCAGCCGGGCCUCAGAGACCUCAGCCUGGUUUACACCAGCCGCAACAUACUGCCCGCCUUCCCCACAGCACCAGACACUUCCCUGCAGCAGAAUGGACCGCCGCCGCCUCCUCGGCGCUGCCUGAUGGUGUCAUCCUGGGAGGAGGGUUCAGCUGGAGGUGUGGAGCUGUGUUACUCCUCUCUCACGCUGCCCUGUCGCAGGCCUGAGCUGGUCAGCACCACCUGUGUGAACAGCCGCAAAGAUUUCCUGAAGAGCCGACUCAGACGUCUCAGUGACUGGACAGGAAGUCUGAGCAGGAAGAAGAGGAGGGUCCAGGAGCCGUGCAGCAGCGACACUGGAGAGGUUUUCAUCAACAGACUGAACUCGGGGCCGGUCGGCUGUGGCACACUGUGGUCCUCCAACCCUCUCCACCCUCUGAACCACAACCACUUCCCUCCAGUCCACAGCGGCUCCUCCAGAAGUCUGACCCAGAGCAGUAGCAGUGACGCUCUGCGACAGAACGUCUACGAAAACUUCAUGCAGGAGCUGGAGACUGGCUGGAGCAGCGCCGCCAAGCAGACCGAGCUGUCGGACGGAGAGGAAGAUGAAGAAGACGAGGGUGUGGAGGAGAUGGAUGGAGAGGUGGGAAGAGGGGCACAGCUGGACGUCCUGUUUGAGAAGGAGCAGGGCGCAGUGCGACGGGCUGGAUGGCUCUCCUUCAAAGCCCUCAUCACCGUCAACAAGGACAGGAAGCUGGAGCUGGUCACCCGCCGCAGGUGGAGACACUACUGGGUCACGCUGAAAGGCUGCACCCUGCUGUUUUACGAAACCUAUGGGAAAACAGGCAGUGCAGAGCAGGAGCUUUCUCCUCGCUACGCCCUGCUGGCUGACGACAGCAUCGUCCAGGCCGUCCCUGAGCAUCCCAAGAAGGAACACGUCUUCUGUCUGAGCAACUCGUAUGGAGACGUCUACCUGUUCCAGGCCACCAACCAGACGGACCUGGAGAACUGGGUGACGGCGAUCCACUCUGCGAGCGCCUCCCUGCUGGCGAAGCGUCAGGGGAAGGAGGACACACUGCGUCUGCUGCGCCGCCAGAGCCGCUCGCUGCUGCACAAGAUCGACAUGGACGGGAAGAUGAAGAAGAUGGCCGAGCUGCAGCUGUCCAUCAUCAAGGAGCAGAAGAACAGGAAGGCUGUGGAGACCCAGAUCCAGCAGUGGGAGCAGAACCUGGAGAAACUGCACCUGGAUCUGUUCAGAAUGAGAUGCUAUCUGUCCAGCCUGCAAGGCAGCGAGCUGCCCAACCCCAAGAGUCUCUUGGCCAUGGCCAGCCGGCCUUCCAAGAGCAUGCUGGGACGUCUGGGAGUCUUCUCUGUGUCAUCCUUCCACGCCCUGGUGUGCAGUCGAGAUGAGGCGAGGCUGAGGAGGUGGGGUCGGUCUCUGUCAAGCCACAGGAGGAGGGGGCUGCCAUCCUCUCUGAGGGCUCUGCAUGGACAGAGGAGACGCAGCAGGGACAACAGACACUCCGCCUCCCGGAGGCUUGACUGUGUAUCCAAACACAGGGAGGCGGCGCCCUCCACUGGACAUCCUGCGGCUCCGCAGGUGUGUGAUGAGCUGCACGUUUCAGCCCUCGCUGCUUUCACGCUGCACAUCUGUCGACCAGAUGCUGCAAAAGACUUUGGUUUUGCGGUGACCGGUCACGUGGACGGAGCAGGGAAGAGUCACGUGUAUGUGAGCGAGGUCGACCCACUGGGACCGUCUGCCAGAGAAGGCCUCAGGGCCGGAGACGAGGUCCUGGUGGUGAAUGAGACCGCUGUAUCCAGACUGGACCUGGACCUGAUGCAGAGUCUCUUCAGCCACCAAAAGCUCCAGCUGCUCCUCAGGAGAGACGAGUCACCUGACCCCGAGGAGCCCACCGCCAUCUGGCCAGAACCAAGAGAUCCUGCAGACCCCCGCCUGCCCCCAGCCCCCCCAAACCUCCAGACAUGGACCACAGACUGUCCAUCACUCGCCACUGAUGAAGCUCCAGACGCCGUGCUGCCUCCUGUUUUUGAUGACGUAUGGACGAGGACGUCUGAGGAAGCCGAGCCCUCGGCACAGAACAUGGAGCCAGUGUACUCGCUCUACCAGACGUUCCCAAAAGGCCGAGCGGCAGAGGUUGAUGCUCCUCAGAACCCGUACAGCCGAGAAGUCGGCCUGCAGCCUGUGAAUCAUGCCCAUCUGAGUGUGUGUCAGCGUUUGCGUAAAGUUAUCCAGGAGCUGGUCGACACCGAGAAGUCCUACGUCAAGGACCUGCUGUGUCUGUUCGACUUGUACCUGACGCCGCUGCAGCAGCAGACCUUCCUGAGUAAAGACGAGAUGGAGGCGCUGUUCGGCAGUCUGCCCGAGAUGCUGGACUUCCAGAGAGUUUUCCUCCAAACACUGGAGGAAAGAAUCGCCUUGUGUCCGAACUUUAGCAGCCUGGACACACCAGAGUUGUUCAAGAAGCUGCUCUUCUCGGUGGGAGGAUCUUUUCUCUACUAUGCCGACCACUUCAAGCUCUACAGCGGCUUCUGUGCCAACCACAUCAAAGUCCAGAAAGUCCUGGAGAGAGCGAAGACAGACACGGCUUUCAAACAGUUCCUGGAGGCGAGGAAUCCGACCAAUCAGCACUCGUCCUCUCUGGAGUCAUACCUGAUCAAACCUGUUCAGAGAGUCCUGAAGUAUCCACUGCUGCUCAGAGAGCUGGUGUCCCUGACGGACCCUGAGAGCCCUGAGCAUGCACACCUGGCAGACGCCCUCAGAGCAAUGGAGAAGGUGGCGAGUCACAUCAACGAGAUGCAGAAAAUCUAUGAGGACUAUGGCUCGGUGUUCGACCAGCUGGCGGCGGAGAAGAGCACACCUGACAAACAGGUGACAGAGAUCUCAAUGGGGGAGUUUCUGGUCCAUUCCUCGGUGGUCUGGCUGAACCCUCUGCCAUGUCUGGGCCGCCUGAGGAAAGAGCCGGAGCUCACGCUGUUCGUGUUUAAACGAGCCGUCAUCCUGGUUUAUCGUGACAAUGGCAAACUGAAGAAGAGGAUGACCGGCUCCCGCUCAGCUGAUUUGGACCCCUUCAGGUUCCGCUGGUUAAUCCCAGUUUCAGCAGUUCAAGUCAGACCGGCCGGCGUCACAGGCUCGGAGAACCCGUGUGUGUGGGAGCUGGUCCACAGCAGGUCGGAGGUGGAGGGGCGGCCGGAAACGGUGUUCCAGCUCUGCAGCAGUGGUCUGGAGGCGAAGGCCGGCGUGCUGCGAGCUCUGCGCUCCGUGCUCAGAGAGCAGGUGCCCGUCAGCUCCCCGAGGAGAACCCGGCUGUCGACGGCAGAGAGGAGCAGCUCCUGGAGGAGGAGGCAGCAGCGACGUUGCUCCGACACCCAGAGCACGGCUCGCCAUCCGUCGGAGGAGAGCUGCAGACCUGACGGUGCUCUGCUGGCAGAGACCUGCUCGGAGCCUCUGCUGCCCAGCCACACUGCUGACCCUGCAGGGAGGAGGGCCAGGCUCUGCUCCCUGACCAACGACCUGGAGGCUCAGCUGCAGAGGCUGAACUUCACCGAGGACGAGGCAGAGCAGAGCAGGAACGAGGAGCAGAGCCGCAGCUCCAGGUCGUGGCGCGGCCCUGGAGGAGACCUGCUGGAGCGAGACUUCAGCGUCCAGAGCCUGAGCUCCAUGAUCAACGAAGACUGUUUCUAUGACACCGUGCAGGCGAUGCAGGAGACGGCUGUUCCCAACUGCGGGUCUGAAGCGAAACUCCAGCAGACUGAAGCUAACACAUUGCAGAGCAUACAUCCACCAAACCGCGGCAGCCAGGGACAAACUGAAGUCCUAACCCUGCUCAGCUGAGACCUGAGUUUCUGCACCUGUGGGACACUUGUAUGAACCAUCACACUGAGGUGUUCCUGUACAGGUGAACACUGAUGAUGGACGCUGAGAAAACAGUCUUGUCACUACACUUUCGGGUAGCGGGCCGUCUGAUUGGCUGCGGGUUGGACACCGACCUCUGGAGGCGACACCUCCAGGUGGUUUCUGGUUGACCAUCAGAGGUCUGGACCCCGUUCGCUCACUUGUGGGGAAUGUAUUUCAGUUUCCUUUUAAUGUUCUCGUCACUGUUCGUCAGCGCAAACAUCUGAACCAGCUGCUGACACGCAGCAAUGAAACCCACGUGAAAACAAACCGAUGUCAAAGGGUCUAAACAGCCGCCGGGUCGAUAAACAUGACCAGAACCGGGUCUUAGGGACGCACCAAGAAACUUGGGAACAAUUUGAACAAAUCUGUAAUGAAGGUCCCAACGUUGCUGUAGAACAGUGAAAACUUUAAAGCAUCACGAUUUAAAAAGGAGGACGUGGACAUUUGGGGUAAACGCUGCAACAUGAUGAGAUAAUUUCAUGAGAAAAAGAUUUGAAUACUGGUGAGAACAGUCACUUUAUUCUGUUGCAGCUUUUCCUCCUAAAACUACUGGAUAUUGUCUUGUAGAAUAAUGACUCUCCCCUUUUGAAAUUAGGACUUAAAUUCUUAAAAUAAGAUUUUUCACUUCUCAAACUUCUGUCCUUAUUUCUGAAAAAUGUGACUUUUUAAACUAAAAUCAAACCUUUAUUUUGGAAAAACAUUUAG